AUGAAUUAAACUUAAGGAUUCACUUUUAAAAAACGAUAAAGUCAUCCUGAAUAAGAAAUCACAAACACUAGUCUCAAAAUCUAAGAAAAUUAGACAACCAAAAAACUCUAAAGAAAAUAAUCACGAUCCUAAGAAGAUUUGGCAGUAUUUUUAGGUAUUGUUCAUCCUUUAUGUAUUCUAGCUGAUGAAUAUAGUCUGGAUGAUGGCCUCAGUUAAAUUGAAUGCAAUUUUAAUACAAUGACUAGUCUGAAUUAUCAAUAAAUGCCUUCUCUGUUAUCAAUCUACACAUCUGAAAGCAAUUUAAGUAUAGAAGAAGAAUUUGAAAUUUGGGAUGACAAGUAGGAUUUAAGAGUCUUGAAAAUAAUUUUGGAAGAUCAGUUAUCAUCAACUCAAUAAUUUUUAUUGUUGUACAAGGCUAGAUUUGGAGGAUUUCCUGGACAGUAAUAAUGCAUAAAAAAUGAGGAAGUGAUACAGACUGCUGUUAAAUUCGCAUCUAGUAGCAAACAGCAAUUUAAGAAAUAUUUUCCAUCUAAGAAGAUAGUUUUUGAAGAUGAUAUCGAUUAUUCAGUGCCUUAUAAAAUAGAAGAUGAUCAUCAUUUUCAAUCUUUCAAUCACUUUUUUAAGUUUUAAAAGACCAAAACAUAGAUUGACUUUUGA